AUGGAGAAAACACGGGUUGCCAAGGUUGACAAUGUGUCCUUGGCCCGCCGUGGAGACCAGGUCGACGGCGCCCUCCACCUCACCCCUCACCACCUAAUAUUCUCCCACACGCCCCUAGUCUCGAGCGAAGAUGCUGCCAAAGGCAUGACAAUCAGACCGAAAGAGCUCUGGAUUACCUACCCGAUCAUAUCUUUUUGCACUCUGCGACCUGCUCCCGCGGCCUCCCGCCAGCUCUCCUCCAUUCGCCUCCGGUGUCGAGACUUUACCUUCGUGUGCUUCUAUUUUACGAGUGAACAACGGGCCAAGGAGGUCUUUGAUAGUAUAAAACAAUGGACAUGCAAAUCUGGCAGACUGGAUAGGCUCUAUGCGUUUAGUUACCAGCCGCCGCCUCCGGAGAGGGAGUUCAACGGGUGGGACCUGUAUGAUCCGCGCAAGGAAUGGGAGCGUCAAGGCCUCGAUAAAGAGAACUCUGGCUGGCGAGUCUCGGAGAUUAAUACUGAUUAUGGCUUCUCACCAACAUAUCCCGCACUGAUCCCCGUGCCCUCCUCGAUCUCGGACAAUACACUCAACUAUGCUGGAAGAUAUCGCUCCAGACAGAGAAUUCCCGCGCUCACUUAUUUACACCCGGUCAACAAUUGCAGCAUCACGCGAAGUUCGCAGCCUCUGGUUGGUGUACGACAGAACCGUAGUAUUCAGGAUGAAAAGCUUCUUGCUGCGAUUUUCUCGACUUCUCGCACGGAACGACCUUUGGCAAACUUUGUGAAAUCUACUCUGGACAGGGAAGCCUCCGAUUCGAGCCAUGACAGCGGGUCGACGACUGACUUGGAUGUGUCAAAUGCGGAGGAGAUCGAAGAUGAAAUGCUAGCUGCUGCCCGUGCAGCUCACCCCGAGGAACGCGCAAUUUAUGGCGCUCAGCAGCAAAACUUGAUUGUUGAUGCACGCCCUACCGUGAAUGCUUUCGCCAUGCAGGCUGUUGGUCUGGGCUCCGAGAACAUGGACAACUACAAGUUUGCCACUAAAGCCUACCUCGGGAUCGAUAACAUUCACGUCAUGCGUGACUCCCUGAAUAAGGUCAUCGAUGCUCUCAAAGAGACGGAUGUUACUCCGCUGGGCCCGAAUCGCGACCAGCUUACUCGAAGUGGCUGGCUGAAGCAUAUUGGGGGCAUCUUAGAGGGUGCACGCUUGAUCGCUCGCCAAGUCGGCCUCCAGCAUUCCCAUGUGCUUAUUCAUUGCUCCGACGGCUGGGAUCGGACGAGCCAGCUGAGUGCCCUGAGUCAGAUUUGCCUGGACCCCUACUUUCGAACAAUGGAAGGCUUCAUGGUCCUCGUGGAGAAAGACUGGAUGUCCUUUGGACACAUGUUCCGGCACCGAUCGGGUCAUUUGAAUAGCGAGAAAUGGUUCCAAAUUGAGAAUGAACGGAUCGGUGGCGGUGAUGCAGAAGGCGGAGGUGCAGGUCCUGCCAAGGCAAUUGAGAAUGCUUUCCUGAGUGCGAAGGGCUUCUUCAACCGGGACAACACAAGUCGUGACUCUUUGCCUGACUCUGAGGGGGAGCUUCAGAGCUAUGAUUCGGACAAUCCGACUAAGAAGCCUAGCUCCGCGCCUCGCAGUAUGGUCUCUGAAAAGGAGAUCACAAAGGUGAAGGAGACCAGCCCUGUGUUCCAUCAGUUCCUCGACGCCACCUACCAGUUGCUUCACCAGUAUCCCACGCGAUUCGAGUUCAAUGAACGUUUCCUGAGACGGCUGCUCUAUCACCUCUAUGCCUGCCAGUUUGGAACCUUCCUAUUCAACAAUGAGAAAGAGCGUGUGGACACGAAUGCACGAGAGCGGACACGGAGUGUAUGGGACUACUUCCUCGCGCGACGAGACCAGUUCACCAACCCUGACUAUAAUCCUAUCAUCGACGACCACAAGCGUGGGAAUGAGAGGUUGAUCUUCCCUCGAGUGAAGGAAACUCGCUGGUGGGCUGAAGCGUUUGGCCGUUCUGAUUCUGAGAUGAACGGGCCCUUCCCCUCGACUGGAGGUGCUGGCACCGAGAGCCCUGGCUCAGGUCGAGCACCUAUUUUGACUGGGAUUGAGACAGCGCAGCAGUCGACUGGGCCAGGGCCUGCCGGAACAGAUGUUCAUCAUGCAGCAGCGUCUGGCAUUUCUGCUGUCACUGCGGGAAUUUCCAACUUUGGGGUCUCAAAAGAUAAUAAUAGGGGCUCUAAAGAGAAUGAGCAUAAGCAGAUGGAGUUGGAAAUGCAAUGA